AUGACGCAGGCUCAGAACUAUGUCAUUCCACCAGGCUCUAAAGUCCUCGUUACUGGAGCGAAUGGCUACAUUGCCUCGCACAUCGUCAAGGCUCUAUUAGAUCUUGGUUAUCUGGUUCGAGGCACGGUACGCACGCCUAUGCCAUGGCUGGCGGAGUAUUUCGAGAGACAGUGCGGUUUAGGACGUUUCGAACUCAUUGUUGUUUCGGACUUUCAGCAGCCCGAUGCUUUUGAUGAGAGCGUGAAGGGUGUAUCGGGAGUCAUUCAUGUUGCUCAAGGCUUACCUUCUAGCACUGCUGCAGAAACCGUGAAAAGCGCAACAGCUUAUACUGUGAAUGGAGUCAUCAAUCUUUUCAAGGCUGCAUCUACACAACGCACAAUUCAGCGAGUUGUCCUCACUUCUUCUAUCGUAGCGGCAGGCUACCCUACCGGAAAAGGGUUCAAGUUAGAUGCUGAUUCAUGGGAUGAAAGCCUCGAACAGGCAUCUAAAGAUGGAACCACUGUACCCAUCUAUCGAGCAUGUAAGAUCGAAGGAGAGAGACAAGCGUGGAAAUGGGUUGAGAAGAACCAACCACACUUUGAGCUCAAUUCCGUUCUUCCAUGGCUUACAUUGGGCAAAAUUCUUCAUCCGAACAUCGGUGGUUCAACCAUGGGAUAUGUCUCUGGACUACUCAGAGGAGAUACCACGCCAUUCAAAUUCCUUCCACUGCCUUGGUUUGUGGAUGUGGAAGACACUGCUCGUCUCCACGCCAUAGCUCUGCUCAAUCCUAGCGUGCGCUCCGAGCGACUCUUCGCUACUGCAGCUCCAUUCACAUGGGGGGAUGUCAUUGAAAUUCUCAAAAGAAUCCAACCCAAUAAUGCUCGUAUUCCAGCUGCUCCUAUACAAGAGGAACCGACGCUCGGAGAUGUCGUCCCAGCAGCAAGAGCCGAGAAAUUGCUUCGUGAGACUUUUGGACAGCUUGGCUGGACCCCACUGGAAGUCAGCCUAGAGAGCGGUAUCGCAAGAGAGUAA